ACUAGAGGGUGUUUGGAUGGGAUGAGAUGUAUUCAUGGAUCUCUUUCACAGCACGGUUUAUUUUCUCCUAUGUGAAACUCUAGUUGUCUUUAUAGGCACAAGCUCUGCAUUUAUUAGAGUGCCUUUUUCUGCCAUCCAUGGAAUUAAAGGGGAGUCUCUUGUCCUAUUGGUGGAAUACACCUUCCCCACUGAAGGUCGAAAUAUCCAGGGUAACUGGCAGCUGAGGAGAGCGAACAAUACCAUGCAUCUGGUGACAUUCAGAGACAGCUUCCCCAUUCAUGACAUGGCCAUGGAAUCUAUAAACAAAUUUUCCCUUCACCCUCCUAAUGCAUCCCUGUUGAUCAAUAAACUGGAAGACAGUGAAGAUGGUGAAUACACAAUACAAGUCAAUGUAAAAUAUAAAAACUUCGUCAAGACACAGAAUAAAACAAUCCAGGUUACUGUUAAUGUUCCUGUUUCAAAACCAUAUGUCCACAUGGAGCCAGCCUCUGCAGCAGUGGAAGAUGUAGAUAAUGUGACAAUGACCUGCUCUGUUGAAUAUGGCACAAAGGUAGUGUACCACUGGCUACUUGGAGGAAGCCCCAUUCCAGAAAACCCUCGCUAUACCUUUUCUGAAGAUCACAGUAAACUUGUUAUUUCCCUGGCUAAGAAAGGAGACAUUGGCAAAUACAUCUGUGUGGCGAGCAAUCUAGUCAGCAAAAUGUGGAGUGAACCUACUCAGCUAAAUGUUUUCUAUGGACCUUACCACCUGAAGGUGAAUUCGGAUAUAGGACUGCAAGUUCGUCAGGUUUUUACAGUUAAUGCAGGAGAGACUGUCUUGUUCCACUGCUCUGCAGAUUCAAAUCCACCGAACACCUAUGCCUGGAUUCAUAAAGUGAACAAUAUGACAAAGGAAAUCAUGACGGGGCCACGUUUUGUAGUAAAUUCAGGUGAAAUUACUCUGACAAAUGAGUACAUGUGCAGUGCCUACAACAACGUCACCAAGAAACAGGAUGAAACUCAGUUCACAGUCAUAGUAGCCAACUUAGGUAAUGGAAAAGAAAAACUGGCCCAAAAAGCAAGCUUCGUGUCACCUUUAGCAGUCAUAACAACGAUCUCCAUAAUAACAAUUGUGUGCAUGCUUUUUGUCUUUCUAUGGCGGAGAUGCCACCCAAAAAAAGUGAUAAAACAGAUGUACACCAGGCCUUUAAUGGAACAAAAAAGGCCACACCUCUCAGGACAUGAAGAUGCAACAGAUGACUUUGGGAUUUAUGAGUUUAUUACUAUACCUGGGACCUCUGAGCCGACACGGGUGUCAAACAGAUCUUUAUCAAACCUGGAUUCAUUUCAUGGCCCAAAUUCACAUACCACUAUUUAUGAAGUUAUCAGACACGUUCCAGAAGCAUCAUCAACGACGCCUGUGAAGUAACACAUGUUACACAACCAAGCCUAAUUUUCCGCUCAGCCAGUUAUUUCUAAAGAUUGUUUUUUCGUAGGUAUUCGGAGUAUUGCUCAAGGGCUUGGACAGUAAGCUAUUUCUAAUUCUUCAGCAGUUUCCAAAAGCAAAAUGGUUUCCCAUUUUAUUUUUUGAAAAGGAGAAAGUUGGCUUUACAAGACAGACAAUCUCCAUUACCUCGACGUCAAUCUUUUCUGUUAAAUGUUUAAAGGCCAGAAGUCACUGACAAUGCUUUUCCGGUUAUAGCACAUGAAUUUCGAAUACAGGAACUCAGGUUAACAAAGGGUUAACACUGUUAAACUUUUGUUUUGAUUGCACUUAUUGUGAUAAGUUCUUCUACAAUACUUACAUUUACUGUUAUUCUGUUGAACUGCAAAAUUAGUGUAAGUGUAAUUCAUGCAAAUCAGGGAUAAAUACUUUCUAACUGUAGUCGUUUUGGGAUUCAUUCACCACCAUUGUCAUCAACCCCCCCCCCCCCCCCCCC